AUGAAAGUGUAAAGGGUGAUUAGGGAUUUCCAGUCAGUGAUCUCACCUUUGAGUGAGACAGUCAACACAUUUGUUCUGACAAUCUUUCUAUGAAGCAGUGCAGUGACAGCUGAAGUUGCUUUCAAGAAGUCAUCUCAAAGGCAGUCUGACAGUAUCCAAUACCUUAACUUUUCUUAGCACAGGAGAUAAAUCACCUUGAAUUUCUCAGUUUUUGAAGUUGGUGACAAUGGCAACUUAUUCUGGAGUUACCUCAGCAAUGUUUUUCGUCUGGGUUAUGACAUUCAUGGCUCAAAAUUACUUUAUAACAGGUUCCAUUCUUUCACCUUGCAGGAUCACAGGCAUAGGAAUUUAUCUUGAGGAGAAAGUGAAUUUCUCAGAAGCACAUAAUGCAUGUAAUCAACUGAAUCUACAAUUGGCAAGUAAAGAACAAGUUGAAACAGCUUUGAAACAUGGCUUUGAAACAUGCAGCUAUGGAUGGGUGGAAGAGGGAUUUGUUGUCAUUCCUCGGAUAACAUCCAACAACAAAUGUGGUAAGGGCAACACUGGACUAGUGCUGUGGCAUGCUGAAACCUUUAAAACAUUUAAGGUUUACUGCUUCAAUUCCUCAGAUGUUCAGAUUAAUUCGUGUAAACCAGAUCCAACUACAACAAUGCUACCUUCUUCAAGCACACCAACGGACUUAACUGCAUAUUCAGGCUCUGAUUCGACUGAGAACAUCACAGCAGUGCCCAAUGUGACCGAGUCAGAACAAUCCCUGAAAAAUAUAAAAUUUCGUGUAAUAUGUGUAACUGAAACUAUAUUACCAACAGAGGCGACUACAAAAACACCAGAGGAAUACUCACCAACUGACUCUCCUAACUAUAUUUCCCAUUCUGCCUUUAAGAAUGAUGCCAUUGUCUUUGGAGGUAUCCCCACUGCACUUCUUGUACUGGCUGUCAUCUUCUUCAUUAUUUCAGUUGUUCUAGCAGUCUGCUACGUCAAAAAGUACAAAAAAAACUUCCCAUUUUCAAAAAAGAAUCAGCAAAAAGAAAUGGUUGAAACUACUGCUCUCAAAGAGGCUAAGUCAAAUGACAAAACACCUGAGAAGGAAACAAAGAAUAAUGGAAAAACAGCAGAAGAGUCUAAAACCAAGCCUGAGGCCACCGUAAAAUGUCUCGAAGCAGAAGUUUGAGGGGAAGAAUAUACACUUCUUGAUAGGAAUAUAAAACAAAGCACACAGAACUUAGCAAUGCUUUUAAACAUGGGUGAUUGUAAACACUUAUGAAUGAAUGUUUUCUCUAUUGUUUUUUUAAUAAUGACAUCUUUAGCUAUAAAUGCCCUUGCAGAAGAACAUGGUAUCUUACUUACUUGAAAUGAAUAAAGAAUCCAUAUUACAGCUCAUUUUUCAUCUUUAAUAAAAAAGUAAUUAGGAAUAUGCUAUUAACAACACGCAAUGUGUUAACUGUUUGCACGGAAUUCAGACCAAUAUAUAAUGAAAAGCGGUUUUUUAUCUGACUUAAAGUCUAAAAUAAAAUUAUUAUACUGUAGUUCCUCCUCAUGUACAUUAGCUUAUUUCCAUUAAGUAGUUGCAUGAUGUUUUAAAAAGUCUGUUUACAAACAGAAGAAACAAGUCUGUUUACAAGUGAGUAAAAAAUUAAAAGAUCAACCCACUGUCAUUCACAUACCCAAGGAAGGGUACAAAGAUGCUGAUGUUUAUAUAUAUACAGCAAUGAACAACUUUCUUAGACAUCUUCAUCAUAUCAUAAUUUACUGUUUUAUUUAUUAAAACCUGUAUCAUUCUUCUGCAUCAGAUAUUUGACAGGGGAAAGAAGAAAAAAAACCCUUGAACUCAAGAGUUAUAUUUAAGAUCUUAUGUUUAUAUUUAAGUGUGGAUCUCAUGUGGUAUGGGACUUUUACAGUAAUUCAUAAAAAAAAAUAAAGUAUGGUAGAUA